ACCUGGGAGCGCCGGCGCGGCCGCGUAAUCCGUCACUCCCGGGAGAUGUCUCAUUAACCCAUUAACCGGGAAGGCUGGGGACGUGCUGGGAGGGGAGCGAGGGAGAAGCCGGGGGUGUGAAAGGCAGAGUGCGGGCAGGGGAGGAGCCGGGAGAGGCAGGCACCGGGAGCAGCUCCUCCGAGCAGCCCGCCUGGGAACGGGACAGGACGACAGCGGGGACUAGACGGUGGUGGCCACGCGUGGGGCAGCCUUCUCGAGCCCACCGGCUUCUUCCCACCGAUUCCCCCCAUCCCGAAGCUCCCCGUCCGGUGCCGCCUGCGAGGAUGAAGCGGUUGUGCGAGGAGAGCUCGUCGGACACGGAGUCGGACGGCACCAUCGAUGUGGGGCGGGAGGAGGAGUACAGCCAUGUUUCCAGGUCUGUGUCUCCCACUACGACAUCUCAGAUACAAGCCAGGAAGAAGAGGAGAGGGAUCAUCGAGAAGCGGCGCCGGGACCGCAUCAACAGCAGCCUCUCGGAGCUGCGGCGCCUGGUGCCCACUGCCUUCGAGAAGCAGGGAUCUUCCAAGCUGGAGAAGGCAGAAAUCCUACAGAUGACAGUAGACCACCUAAAAAUGCUUCAUGCCACUGGAGGGACAGGCUUCUUAGACGCUCGAGCCCUGGCGGUGGACUACAGGAGCAUCGGUUUCCGCGAAUGCCUCACGGAGGUCGUCAGGUACCUGGGGGUCCUGGAGGGCCAGAACGCCGCUGACCCCAUCCGGCUGCGACUCCUCUCCCACCUUAACAACUACGUGGCAGAAAUGGAGCCUUCGCCCGUGGCCACUUCCCUCCUGCCCAUCCAGACGUGGCCGUGGUCCUUCCUCCACAGCGCUGCUUGCCCGGUGCAGAUCCCCCGGAGGGAGGCUGCUCCCGCUCCGGUUGUUUUGACUGCAUCUUCCCUGCCUUACCCCAGCCCUGCAGUGAGGCCGGCCCCGCUUCGCCGUGUCCCCGGCGACAUGCUGCCGUCCCGACGAAGCUUCCUGGCCAGCAGGAUGGCCUCUUCCAGCCGGAGGGCUCGGGGUGUGAGCUCCUCCUCGGCCGCAGCAGCCGUGCCCAGGAUGCCGUCGCCAGCAGGAGUGCUGAGAGAGGGCUCGGCCAAGAGCAGCCAGAUCGCCACCUUCCUCUUCUCACCAGCCCCCACCAGCAUCCCCGUUCCACCAGCUUACACAGCACCUCCUGCCUUGGGCACUGCCACGCAGGGACCCGGCAUCAGGGUUGGCACAUCCAGGCUCUGCCGCUCCUGGGCGACUGAAAUUGGGGCUUUCUGACCCCCCCCUUCCCUCCCCAGCUUCGGAGAUGGGAAUCCUUCAGCACUCG